AGCUCGAACUACGAGAUCCAGAUUGAACACAUCAAUCCGUAGUAUCCGCGUCGUAUGAUACUCGGAUAGUCAUUGGUCGAGAUUAGCUGAUCGGCCGGUCCUUGCUCGCAGGGCCGACUGUCGAUAUUGAUGGUGGGGCCAAGGUACGAAUGGCUGUGGCCUGGUCAUGACUUAAUUGAAACGAGCUUAGACGAGCUCACGCUCGCAUGUACUAUGCGUGAGGUUGUUCGAUCGGUCAUCGGUACGAGGGGAGUACGACGAAUAAGAUUCAAGUCGGAAAUAUGCAGGCGGACAUGACCAUCGUGAGAAGGUUAGGUCCGAGCGGUACAUUGAGUGGGGGUCGACUAGCUUGUAGAAUCACGUCGUUAGCGUAUGAAUUCCGCACCUGAAUUCGGCUGGGAUUGAUAGGCCGCAAGCUGGCACAGUGUAACCUAAUACCUAUCCGACAAUGGAAAUCAGGUAAUUGCAAGGCUCCAAGAUGAUCUGCACGUGCAAUAAGAACCGGUUCAACCCGCUGCUUUCAUCGGCAGCCUCCUCAUAUCCAACUCCCACUCUGGGUGGUCUUUACGUGUCGACAAGAUCCCUAGAAAAACAAUACAAAGCCGACAAGGAUAGCAACAAACGCAACGUCAGCGAGUCGUCAGUGGACAGCUUCAUAAAUGAUCGCUUGCUACAGAAGUUUGUUGACACGUACGGGGGAGUGUUCAACGAAUCCGAUCCUUGGAGGCGGGCGAUCAAUUCAAGCUAUCGCUUGAUGGAGGACAAACUAAUCAACGAACGGCUGAUUCAAGGUUUCUUGCGAGGAACAUCCAGCAUCUCCGAGGUGACUUCAGCACGCUCGGUAGUCCUUCUGCAUACUUUUCGCGACUUGUGGCGCGGGCACCCCGCAGCCGCUACAGAUGAACGUACUUCCGAAGAAACGCUUGCUGAGUGGUACGGAGGGCCAACUUGCCGACUAGGCAGAUUCUGGACCACACUAGCUCUUAUGAACAUCGCCGAAAGGCUCGCUACAGAGAACUCAGCAGGCGCCGAUGACGUCAAGAACAUGUACAACGCUAUCACCAGCAAGUUGGGCAGAUAUGGACAUUGUAUCGACCAGGUACUACUGCCAGACGAAUUGGAGGCGAUUCGGCGUCAAUUUUCGGAACAGUCGUCAGUGCUACAUCAUUCGACUCGAGUAUGUAUCCCACCGGACUGACUAGCUGUGGUAUUCGGACUUGUUCUCAGGAAGCGUCUGCGUACGCCCAA